UCUCUUUAGAUCUGAUUAAUCACAAUGCCACGUGGAGGUGGGAGUAGGAGCUCUGGUGGAUCCAGCGGUGGUGGAAGGAGUUAUGUCGACAACUCCUACAACCGGAGUUUGGGGCGAGUUGGAAUGCCGGUGGGUUCGAUGGUGGUAUCUAGCGGGGGGAGUAGGUCAUCCUCAGCAAGCACCAGCUUUUUAGGUUCAAGUUUUGGUGGAAACAGCAGUAGUGGAAGAUCGUAUGUCGACAACGCGUAUAACCGAAAUUUGGGAAGAGUUGGUAUGCCUGUAGGUUCAAUGGUGGUAUCUAAAGGGAGUAGCAGGCCAUCCUCAGCGAGCGCCAGCGUUUUCGACUUCGGCACUUCAAAUAGUGGAAGGACCUACGUUGACAAUGCUCAGAAUCGUCAGCUUGGUAGAGUAGGGAUGCCUGUUGGAUCCAUGCCUUUUUCCAGUUCAAGCAGUUCUUCUUCUUCAAAAACGUACGUAGAUAAUGAAUACAACCGAAGACUCGGAAGAGUAGGCAUGGAGCAUGGUGCAAUGGUGGUCUCCAAAAGCUCUUCAGAUGAAGCAAGUUCAAGAGGAACUAAGCAUUAUGUCGAUAAUUCACUUAAUAGAAGUCUUGGGCGUGUCGGUCUUCCUCAUGGAGCGUGCGCUGAUGUUGGGGAAGUUCGAUUAUAUAAAGACAAUGCAUUCAAUCGAAGACUAGGACGUGUAGGAAAACCACUCGGAACAGCAGUUCAAUCAAAAUCUGGAUUGGAAGAGUACAAAGUCUACGCCGACAAUUCAGAAAACCGUCGUCUGGGAAGAGUAGGUUUCCCUGUUGGAUCCAGACCCAAAGCCUCGUUCUCAGGAACGAAGCGCACAUAUCGCGAUAACUCUCUGAACAGAGCCCUUAAACGAGUUGGAGAGGAGCUUGGAACAAGACCUGUAACCUGCAGCAGAGAAACGGAGUGGAUCCACAAAGCAUAUCAAAGAUACAGAGAAAAUCCGGAUGCAGAGAUACAAUAUCAAGAGUUGCCAGCAUUGCCAGAAGAAAUGGAAACGGAUGCAAUAGAGAAAAUUAUGGAUCUGUUUAACAGACUACAGUUUGAGAGAGAAUGGCGUGAGAAGUCAAAAACAAAGCCUGUUCCGAAAACGGAAGAUGCAUUACUUCACUACACAGGGCCGAUGGUUGAGUUUUCUGAUUUGGAGCUUGGAAGGAUCAUAGGUCGAGGUGGAUUUGGGGUCGUUUAUCACGCCAAGUACAAUGGCUCAGUUGUUGCUGUAAAGAAGUUGCACGUCACACGAGUUUCCAAGCGUCGUCAAAAAGAAUUCACCGAAGAGGUGAAUAUUUUAAGCAAGCUUGACCAUUCAUUUAUCGUAAAAUUCAUCGGUGCAUGUACAACAACGCCAAAUCUUUGCAUCGUUAUGGAGUACAUGCAGAUGAGUUUGUACGAAGCUCUGCACGUGGACAGUGCUGAUCUGGCUGAUUUUACCGAUGAGGAUCGGUUAGCUAUGAUUAUGCAGACCCUUACAGGGUUAGAGUAUCUGCACGAGAAAAAUGUUGCUCAUUGCGACAUUAAGUCAAGAAACAUACUCAUCGACCAUGACGGCGAGAAGUUUACGGUUGCCAAACUCUCAGAUUUCGGAUUGAGCAUGAUGAAGAACGAAACGGAAACAUCUUUGUCGUCCAGUCACGAGGCAGUCCGCAAUGUAGGAACACCUCGGUAUUCUUCACCAGAGGUUCUUCGUGGCGAACUACUAAGCUUAGAUCAGAUGAAGAUGAGUGACAUGUAUUCUUACGCUUUAGUUGUGUUCGAAAUAGUUUGUGAAGAGGAACCCUUUGCCAAUCUAAGCGCUGCGCAGCUACGUACCCAAGUUGGCGAGAAGGGUCUUUACCCCCAGUUUCCUAAAGAUGUUGAUCCCGAUAUAAAUCUGGUAACCCAACUUUUGGGAUGUUGGGAGAGGAAGCCAACUGAUCGCCCGACAGCUAGCAGUUUUCUUCGAAUUGUGAAUCGCCUGUCCUGUGUUUAUGAGAAAACGGAUUGGUAAAAUCAUAAACUGUGCAUUUUGCUGGAUAACAUUUUGCAGUUCAUUAUUGUUGCAUUUUUAACGACUGUAUCGUAUUAUUCAAUUUUGACGUUUACUAGACUAGUAUACAUGUAUUUAAUUCAAGUUAAUAGAAUUUUUUAUCUGUUGUUUAGUUUUAAUGAACUAAAGCUUAUUCUUUGUAUAUUUACAAUCGUUGGAUUUCUAUUUUACUUUGUGUAUGUGACAAUGCUUAAACAAACCAUCAGUUCUUCGGAUAUAUAAUUCUACAACGCAUACAGUAGUUGUAGUUUUAUUUAAAUUGGUCAUUUAUUUUCAGGGAUACUGCAUGUACAUUCAUUUUACAUGUAUUUACUAGUUGUUACUGUACAUCUAACUGUAUAACUUUGUAGCUACAUAGUUGUUCUAGCGUAGAAUCAUUAUUAAAAUGUAAAUCAAAA